AUGUCCAAGGACAGUGCAGGGCUCAGUGAGUUGGGGAGGCUAAAGGAUUUAAGAAGAGAGUUGGAAAUCAGAAAUUUGAGGUACAAGAAAGAUAUGGUGUCAGAAUUGAAUUAUGAUGGUGCAGUUUUGAAGGAGAAACGACAUCUCUAUUCGUUGACUUUACAUUGGAUGGGCAUCGAAAGAGAAAAUAGUGAUGCGGUUGAGGAGGAGAGUGAUGUAAUUAUUAAGUCAAUGGAAGCGCUGCAGCCCCAUUCAAGUCUAAAACAGUUAGUCCUUGAGGGAUACCCGGGUGCGAGGUUUGCGAGUUGGUUUCAUUCUCUCACAAAUAUUGUUAAUCUCGGAUUGUAUGACUGUGAUAGAUGCCAACAUCUUCCACCGUUGGAUCAUUUACCUUUUCUUAAGAGUCUUGUGCUUUGGGGGUUAAGGAAUUUGGAGCACAUAUCAGCAGAAGACAAGGUUAAGGACUUUGCCGGUGAUGAGAUGAUGAUGAUGUCAGCUGCUUCUCCAUCGACGACCUUCUUUCCCUCCUUAGAGAGUCUUUAUCUACGUGAUUGCCCUAAUCUCAAGGGAUGGUGGAGGAAUGAAACAACUUCAGCUUCAGCUUCUUCAUUUCCUUGUCUUUCUACUUUAGCGUCUUAUUUGUUUUUGGUUCACCAAGUGGUUUUCAUCUAUUAUGAUUUUCUGAUUUUUUAUAUGAGAUGUGCAGUUGUUGCGGCUCUUAAUCCUUCAAUCUUCUCCAUCUUACUUGCUAAAGUCGAAAGUUCACAUUAG